AUGCUGCGGUCGCGUGGGGCGCGUGCGGGCUCCACGCUCCUCCGGGCACUGCUGGGUCUGGGGCCGGGGCGGGCGGCGUCGGGGGCGCGCGGGCAGGGCUGGCUGCGGCCUGCCGGCCACGACACAGGGGUCAUGGUGUACAAUAGCCUCACCCGGAGGAAGGACCCCUUGAUCGUGGGCAGGGCGGACGCCGCCUCCUGGUAUAGCUGUGGACCUACUGUCUACGAUCAUGCACACCUUGGCCAUGCUUGCUCCUAUGUUCGAUUUGAUAUAAUUCGAAGGAUCCUAACCAGGAUUUUUGGAUGCAACAUCAUCAUGGUGAUGGGAAUUACAGACGUGGAUGACAAAAUAAUCAAAAGAGCCCGUGAGAUGAACGUAUCACCCACUUCUCUCGCCAGUCUUUAUGAGGAGGAUUUCAAACAAGAUAUGGCAGCCUUGAAGGUCCUCCCACCAACAGUGUACCUGAGGGUAACCGAAACUAUACCUCAGAUCAUUUCUUUCAUUGAAGGGGUAAUUGCUAAAGGCCAUGCUUAUCCAACAGCAAAAGGCAAUGUCUACUUCGAUCUGCGGUCGAGAGGAGACAAGUACGGCAAGCUGGUGGGUGUGGCCCCCGGCCCGGUGGGAGAGCCAGUUGAUUCUGACAAGCGGCAUGCCAGCGACUUUGCCCUGUGGAAGGCGGCCAAACCGCAGGAGAUGUUUUGGGCCUCUCCGUGGGGAAACGGAAGACCUGGCUGGCAUAUCGAAUGUUCCACCAUCUCAAGUCUGGUGUUUGGAAGUCAACUGGAUAUCCAUUCAGGGGGGAUAGAUCUGGCUUUUCCACAUCAUGAAAAUGAAAUCGCCCAGUGCGAGGUCUUUCAUCAGUGUGAGCAGUGGGGAAAUUAUUUCCUGCAUUCUGGGCAUUUGCACGUGAAAGGCAAAGAAGAAAAAAUGUCCAAAUCACUGAAAAACUACAUCACUAUUAAGGACUUUCUGAAGACGUUUUCCGCCGAUGUCUUCCGUCUCUUCUGCAUGCGGAGCAGCUACAGGUCAGCCAUCGACUACAGCGAUGGCACCAUGCUCGAGGCGAAGCACCUCCUCCUGGCCACAGCUGCCUUCGUCGAGGAUGCGCGGGCCUACAUGAAGGGGCAGCUGGUGUGCGGCCCCGUCAGGGAAGACGUGCUAUGGGAGAGGCUCAGCCACACCAAGGGGGCUGUGAAGGCUGCCCUGGCAGACGACUUCAACACGCCCGGGGCCGUGGACGCUGUCAUGGACCUCAUUCACCACGGGAACAGACAGCUGAAGGCGGUCACCAAGGAGCCUGGUGGUCCUAGAAGUCCUGCUGUGUUCGGCUCCAUCGUGUCCUAUGUCGAGCAGUUUUUUGAGACUGUUGGAAUUUCUCUGGCAGACCGACAGUUUGUUUCAGGGGACAGCAGCUCGGCCACUCUGCACAGCGUGGUGGAGGAGCUGGUCCGGUUCCGGCUCAAGGUCCGGCAGUUUGCCCUGGCCACGGGCGAGGCCACCAGGGAGGCCCGGAGGCAGCAGCUGCUGGAGAGGCAGCCCCUGCUGGAGGCGUGCGACGCCCUGCGCCGGGACCUGGUCGCCCAUGGCAUCAGCAUCAAGGACAGGAGCAGCACAUCCACAUGGGAACUGCUGGGUCAGAGGGCCGAAAACCACAAACCAGGGAGCUGAGGACGCGUUAUGUGCCUGCUUACGACGCAAUAAAAGCUUUAUAUUCAAGUU